UACUCUCUUUUACGUCUAGUUCGUAGCUUCAAGAGCAGUCAUAGCUCCCGAAGCUCCAAAAAUUUUUCUCGCGAUGGGACUAAUAUUUUUCAAAAAUCCAUUUAACACAUUGAUUACAUUAGUUUUCCUUCUGUCAGUGUUUGCGCUCCAGGCUGACGGUCAAUGUUCUUCUCACCACUUUCAAUGUAGAUCUAAAAAGUGCAUUCCAAUUUCUUGGCAGUGUGAUGAAGAAAAUGAUUGUGGAGAUGGGUCUGAUGAACUAAAAUGCGAAGCCAGAACUUGCUCAGAAACAGAAUUUAAAUGCAACAAUGGUCGAUGCAUUCCCAAUAGGUGGCAGUGUGAUCAUGAGGAUGAUUGCCAAGAUAAUUCAGAUGAAGAUCCAGCUAUAUGCUCAAACAAGACUUGUCAGGCUGAUCAGUUUUCUUGUCACUCACCUGCUGUGUGUAUUCCUAUCUCUUGGCAUUGUGAUGGACAGGAAGAUUGCAAGGAUGGAUCUGAUGAGAAGUUUGAUUGCCAUCAAAUAACAUGCUCUGACGAUGAAUUUACUUGCAAUAACAACAAAUGCAUAACAAAUCGUUGGGUUUGUGAUCAAGAUAAUGAUUGUGGGGAUAACAGCGAUGAAAUGAACUGUGCCAAUGUUACAUGUUCCACCUCAGAAUUUGCAUGCCAAAAUGGGAAAUGCAUUCCAGAGAAAUGGAAAUGUGAUGGUGCUGUAGACUGUUCUGAUGAAUCAGACGAGAAAAACUGCCCAACCCCAAUGGCUUCUGUAUGUAACACCAGGGAAUUCAUGUGUGCCAACAAAAAAGAUUGUAUCCAUAUGACUUGGCUGUGUGAUGGAGACCCAGAUUGUCCAGAUGAAUCUGAUGAGUUGAACUGCACUAAUACUUGUAGACCAGAUCAAUUCCAGUGUAAGAAUUUGCAAUGCAUUCCUGGCCAGCUGCAAUGCAAUGGAAUGAAAGAAUGUCCUGAUGGCUCGGAUGAGGAAAACUGUGAUUCUCUACAUGCUACAAAAUGUGACCCUCAAACACAGUUCAAUUGUGGAGAUCAUUGUAUUCCCAUGAAAGCAGUCUGUGAUGGACGCAAUGACUGCGGGAACUAUGAAGACGAACCUCAGAAUUUAUGUUAUAAGGAUGAAUGCAAGGAUGAUAAUGGUGGAUGUUCUCAAAUAUGUCAAGAUCUUCCUAUUGGCUAUGAAUGUAAAUGCCGUGAAGGGUAUUUUCUGGCUGAUAAUCGAACAUGUGAAGAUAUCAAUGAAUGUGAAAUACCUGGUGCAUGUUCUCAGCUAUGUACUAACACCAAAGGUGGGCAUAAAUGUGAAUGCGUUGAAGGAUAUGUGCUAGAACCUAAUAAUAACAGAAGAUGUAGGGCUAAAGAAGGACACACUGUUGUUUUAUUCACCAACAGACAAGAUAUUAGAAAGAUUGAUGUUGAAACUCAAGAAUAUGUGUCAGUUGUCAGCAAUCUUCGUAGUAGUGUUGCACUUGAUUAUAAUUAUCAUACCAGAACAAUCAUUUGGUCUGAUGUAGUUGAAGGACAGCUGAACAGUGCACCCAUUGAUACUGGAGCACCUGUAACAACCAUUGUAUAUGAAAAUGUCGGAACUGUUGAUGGUAUUGCUGUUGAUUGGAUCUAUGGUCAUAUUUACUGGACUGAUAAUGUUCGAAAUAAAAUUGAAGUUGUUGAUAAAACUGGGAAAAUUAGGAAGACUAUUAUCAGUGAUGACUUGGAAGAACCUCGGGCCAUUGUGGUGGAUCCUUUAAAUGGUUGGAUUUAUUGGACUGAUUGGGGUGAAAAUGCCAAAAUUGAACGUGCUGGAAUGGAUGGAAGUCACAGAGCUACAAUUGUAUCUUCCGAUAUCAAAUGGCCUAAUGGUUUGGCAUUGGAUUUUGUUACCAAGAAAGUCUUCUGGGCUGAUGCUAAACUUCAUCUUUUAAGUUCUGCUGAUUACAAUGGAGAUAAUAGAAGAGUAAUUCUGUCAUCUCCUAUUAUUCUGAAACAUCCAUUUUCUAUUGACGUUUUUGAGGAUUGGGUGUAUUGGACUGAUUGGGAAACAGAAGCCAUUCAUAGAAUGAAUAAAUUCACAGGUGCUGAAAAAACUGACAUUGCCACUGGUAUAAACUCCCCAAUGGAUAUACAUAUCUUUCACAGUUAUAAACAACCAAAAGGCAUUAACUAUUGCAGUGAUAUGAAUGGCCAUUGUUCUCAUUUAUGUCUUCCCACGCCCAAUAUUAAUGCACAAUCUGCUCGGUAUACUUGUGCUUGUCCAGAUGGAAUGGUGCUGGCCACUGAUCAUAUGACUUGUAUUACAGACAACACACUGAAUACGACCAUGAGUACCCCUCAGACCACCCCAAUUACUCAAGACAGGGAUAGUAGUGUUGUCACCUCUUCCACAACAGAAUUUUCAUAUCAUUCAAUUAAUGACACUAAUUCUUCAAAGAUCGAUUAUGGUACACUUCAGCCUACAGAAGGCUAUAGCUUAGAUAAUGUUUCAAUUAUUGGAGGAAAUCUUUCUGAAAUCUUACAAGGACCGAGCAGCAUAUUCCCCGACACAGGAAGGCUAGCUGGAAUAAUUAUUGGUGUUUUGAGUGGAAUAAUACUGCUCUUAGCUUUGGUUGGUUUCUUAAUAUAUAAGCACUACCUAAGAAAAAAUAUCACUAGCAUGAAUUUUGAUAAUCCUGUGUAUAGGAAGACAACUGAAGAUCAAUUCAGUUUGGAAAAAAAUCAAUAUCAACCAGCAAGGUCAUAUCCACCUAGUUUGGAACCUUUGACUUCUCCUGGUACAAAUGAAUUUGUCUAGUACAGAAAAGAAAUUUUGAGCCGAAUCGCAAGACUGUGUUCAAAACUCUUUACUUAUGCCUUGCUCAUUUGGCUCCUUUUUUUAAAAAAAAAAUGUUAGCGCUCAUUGGCAGCUGAAACAAGUUUCUUUGGUUUCGCCUCCAGGACUUUAGCUUAGUACGUGAUAUUAAUUUUGUGCCGGUGAUCUAACUCUUCAAAAUCCGAGUUUGAUUUCAGGAGCAACUGACAUUUUUUUUUCUACGCAGUUUGUUCCUAAAAAAUAAACAAACAAAAUACCUCUUGGAUUUUUGUAGGAGCUGCAUGGUGAACGAUUUCUCAUCUUUCAUGUCUUGUGAUCAGGCCAUGCUUAUCCAAAGAGGUUGACAUACAUGCGUCUUGUGUCUUGUUGUGUUAUUGCAUAGCAAUCUAGAGGACUGGAUUUUGUUUUGCAAAUGUUAGUAGUUAAGAGUUAGCAUACUUCCACAAACUAUAUUAGAACAACAGAGAAGUAUCUGUUGGUUGUCAAAGAUGUUCUGAUUAUACAGAACUGAUUUAAUUUAAUUUUAAAUUCAAUUUAGGAUAUCUUAGGAUUAUAAAUGCAUAUCAGGCAGAAUGUUAUAUUAUAGCUGUUUUUGAUUCUCUGAAUAAAUAAUAUAAAAUAGGAAAUUAUAAAAGUAAAUUAUGUUUUCUUUCCAGCCUUUUAUAUCCUAUCAAGCAUCUGAAACAUGAAAUAAGUCCACUUAUAGAGAAUAAAAUAUGGAACUGUCUAGAACAGCUAAAUCUUAUCAGUGUAAAAUUAAAUAAUUUUUUACAGCAAUGAAAAUGGCAGUUCUCAAAAUAAUAAUAAAAAAAUCUUUAUUUAAUUGUAAGAAUUAGCUUUCUUCAAAAUUAAUAGAUUUGAGUCCUAUUGUAUGCAUUUAUAUCCUAAAGUGCUGAUUUUAUUGCAAGUUACAAGUUCAGUCCUCUAGAUUUGAAGCUGCGAUUGGAUUAUUUAUGUUACUUAACUUAUUAAGAUGCUUGUAACAGUAUUAAAGACUGUAAAAGUGCCGAACAUUUACUUUUGCUGUUUAUACUAAGCUUUUAAAACAACUUCUGGAGUGAUUUUUCUUUGAAAAAAAAAGUUCAAGAAUCGACAAGAAAUAUUAUACAUUCCAAACUUCAACUCCACUAAUAUCCUGUUUGAAAUAAAGUUUGAACAAAAAGAAUUUAACAAAUUUUUUCUCCUAUAAAUCAUUUUUGUCAUUGUUAGAUUGAAAUUUAAAAGUAGAAAUUGGCAUUUAGAAUUUAUUGAGUUGUUGGAUCAUUUAUAAAGUAUUUAUUGGUAUUUCAAAAGUACUUAACACUUACUUGAAAUUCCAAAAAAUAUUUUAAACUUUUUUUGUUUGUGUUGUGAAGAUAAAUUUAUUUAUUUUUAAGUAGAGUUUAUUUAUUAAAUUCGAUUUUACGGCUUCAUAAAUGAUUAGUUUAUGUAAUGGUACUUAACAUUUGAAAUAUAUUCUUAAAUUCUUAUAAAUAUUAACUGUUCAUUUCGAAAGUACUUUAUUUAUAAAAAAGUAUUAGUUUUAUUGUAUACAACUUUGCAGAAUUACAAUAUUUUUUUUACCUGUUGUAAAAUUUAUAUUAAUAUUUUUAAGAAUUAAAUUGAAAUUGUUUUUUGCUCUUUUUUUAAUCUAAUGUACUUAAUUGCUGAAUGAUGAAAUAUGGUGUUAAAUUGCUGCAUAUUUACAAUGAAAAGAUUGUUAAUUAAAUUCAAAUGUUAAUGUUUACAUGUACUAAUAAUUAUUUCCCUGACCUACUUCAUCCAUCGAUUUUCUGCCAAUCAUUUUACAAAAAUGAUCGCUUAUUAUUUUUGUAGAUAAUCGAAUUUAAGUUGUUUGCUACUAGAUUUCAGAUGUGAAGGUUAGUGUAUAUAUGUUUUGUGUAUGAAGUUAUUUAAGAAUUUUGUACAAAAUAACUUGGGUUGUAAUAGUUUGUUGCUUUGUAUGUGAAUUUUGCUAUUGCAUUGUUUUAAUUGUACUAAAAAAGUUUUAUCAGUUGAAAAAAAUCAUUUCAAGUUUUUUAAGUUACUUACAUAUUUGAUGUAACUGAUCUUCCAAUCCAUGUAUGGAAGCACUAGUAAAGGCCUCUGAUGUCUGAAAGUAUACUGUUGGUUUUAAAAAUUAGCUUUUGUCGUUUUUAUAUUUGCAUAAUGUUCAAUUAAUGGGAGAUGAAAAUUUGGUAAGGCCUCCCUUUAUGCACCAUUUUUAAGAAUACCAAAAAAGGUGUAUUUUAAAAAAUAUUUAUUGUUUUGGAUUUUCACUUUUUAUUGUCCAUUUGCUUUUAAAAUGUAAUUUUUUUUUCUCCCUUGAAAGGUUGUUUUAUUUUAUUGCAUGUUUCAUGAGUAUAAGGGGAGAGAGACAAAUAUGGAAAGUGAAAUAGAAAAUUUCAGAGAAGCAGAAUCACAAUAUA